UCCCGUGGAAUGACGAACCGCCACCUCAGCUCCCCUUCCUUCCCUAUAUAAUUCGCGGCUUCCAUAACCAAACAAUCAGUUCAGUCUCCAACUUCUCAAGCCAAUUGCCAACUUCGCCUUCUCCGACUUUCUAGAAUUCUAUCUGCACCCCACAUUUUGUUUGCGAUGGCCAGCGAUGGCAAGCAGAAAGAUGCCGAGUUUUUCUUCGAUCCGAACGAAGAUGAUGUCAACGAUGACGAUGAAUCUACCAAGAUUGCCAUCGAGAGUGGUAGUGACGGAAGCGACGACGACGAAAAUUGUGGAUCACAUCCUGACGCUUUCUCGUCGCAGCAAUGGCCCCAAAGUUACAAAGAGACUGUCGAUUCGUACACAAUUGCUGCAUCACCGAACAUUGGGGCAGCUGUUCUACGAACACCGAGUUUGAUAUAUUCAAGUUUUGUCAAUCGUUCGAAAAGUAGUUUAAGCCUAGAUGGAAAGACUCCUCUAUUAUCUGAGCAGGACUUAAUUCAAAAGAAAUCGUCAUGGUUGGAGAGAGUUUCAUUGCAAAAGGAACUUACUGGAGAAUUACCUAUUGGCCAAGGAUGUAGCCUCACUCAAACAGUUUUCAACGGAGUUAAUGUGAUGGCUGGAGUCGGCCUUCUGUCCACAUCCUAUACAGUGAAACAAGGUGGAUGGGCAAGCUUGGUGGUGCUGGUUCUUUUUGCAGUUGUAUGUUGUUACACAGCCACACUUAUGAGAUACUGCUUUGAAAGCAGAGAAGGAAUCCUGACAUAUCCAGAUAUCGGAGAAGCAGCUUUUGGAAGAGCUGGUCGUCUUGCCAUAUCCAUUAUUUUGUACACUGAAUUAUAUUCAUACUGCGUGGAGUUCAUCAUCUUGGAAGGAGAUAACCUAACUAGGCUGUUUCCUGGAACAUUCCUUGAUUGGGGUGUUAUCCAGUUGGAUUCCGUGCACUUGUUUGGAAUUUUGACUGCUCUUAUUAUCCUCCCCACGGUUUGGUUAAGGGACCUUCGUGUAAUCUCCUAUCUUUCAGCUGGAGGGGUUGUUGCAACAAUUCUUAUUGUCAUUUGUGUGUUCCUUUCCGGGACAACAAGUGAUAUUGGGUUCCAUCACACAGGUCAAGUUGUGAAUUGGAGUGGCAUUCCAUUUGCUAUUGGUAUCUAUGGGUUUUGCUACUCAGGACAUUCAGUUUUUCCAAAUAUUUACCAGUCUAUGGCUGACAAAACCAAAUUUACCAGGGCAUUAAUCAUAUGCUUUCUUCUAUGUGUUUUAAUAUAUGGAGGUGUUGCGGUCAUGGGAUAUCUCAUGUUUGGUGAAGCCACCUUGUCUCAGAUAACACUUAAUAUGCCGCCACACUCCUUUGUCUCUAAAGUUGCAUUGUGGACCACAGUAAUUAACCCGUUCACGAAAUAUGCUUUGCUGAUGAACCCAUUGGCAAGAAGCAUAGAGGAGUUGCUGCCUGCCAGAAUUGCAGAUAAUUGUUGGUGUUUCAUUGCCCUUAGAUCAGCGCUUGUUUUUUCUACAAUUUGUUGUGCCUUUCUGAUUCCGUUUUUUGGACUUGUGAUGGCUCUAAUUGGCUCUGUACUCAGUAUUCUUGUGGCGGUCAUAAUGCCGGCUCUUUGUUUUAUGAAAAUUAUGGACGGAAAGGCGACAAAAAUGCAGGUUGCUCUGAGCGUGGCAAUUGCAGUGUUGGGAGUCGUUAGUGGAAUUCUGGGAACAUAUUCUUCAGUGAAAAGAAUUGCUGAAAAUUACUGAAGCACUCCCUGAGACAGUUCAGCCCCUUCAUAUCUAUAUGCUAACUAAUGAGUUUUCUGUGUGUGACCCUGAGGGCCGCUUGGAUUGUUGUGACAUGUGAUCAUACAUAGACCUUUCUAUCACCCUUGAAGUCUUUAGUGCAUAGCCCUAAGCUAUGUAGAGGAUCGUAGCAAUGCAGCGAAACUGAUGGCAUAUUUCCAUUGGUCAUUCUUUUAAUGUAGUAAAUGUAGCUUAUUUUUUCUCCCCAAAGUUAUGUGGGCUUUUCUGAAAAGUUGUCAUCACUUUGAAACGCCGUUCGGCCUUCGCUCCAAUGAAAGGAUACUCUUUUUUGUGA